UCGCUUCGCAAUGGUCCGUGACUCGCGGACCACAAAGGAACGAUUCAACCAUCCGCGACGAUUCAUCCGGAGAUGAUCGGACCGCCGGCCGUCCUACUCUUUAUCGGCGCGCUCGUCGUCGGAUCAGGAGCCUACAGGACCAACCCUGGCGGCGGCAGCCUCGCGUACAGCGGCGCGUCCGCAUCCGCCUCCGCUUCCGCGAAUGCAGGCGCGUUCGCGCUGAGCGGUUCGGAUGCGUUCGCCGGCGGCGUUCCCGGAAGUGACCAUGACGGCCACAAGGGGAUCCGCAGCUACGACGGCGCCGGAUACGCGAACCAGAACCAAGAAGGCAGCGAUCAUGGCCAUCCGUCUAGUCAUCCGGGUGCCGGAGGCAAGGUCGACCGGAACGGAUGUCCCAAGUGCCCGAAGCAAUGGGAAGACGAGGAAGACUGGGAGAAAGAAGAGGACUGGGAGGAGCCGGAAGAGGAGAACGACGAUGACUGCGACGACGGGGACGACGGUCAGUACAGGCCGGAGCAUCACCAUGGUCAUAAGAAGAGACCUGGCGGGUCUGGAGGAGUGCAGAAACUGGGUACACCGGGCGAGGGUGCGGAUUCCUGGACCUCGGGGCCUGUUAAAAGUGGACCGUUGAGUGGAGGAAGUCCAUCGGCGGAUUCUCCUUGGAACAAACCAUCGGGACAACAACCUGGUCAACAGGCUGGACAGCAACCUGUAAAGCAAACCGGCCAGCAACCUGGGCAAUAUCCUGGACAGCAACCGGGUCAGCAACCUGGACAAUAUCCUGGACAGCAACCGGGUCAGCAGCCUGGCCAGCACCCUGGACAAUACCCUGGACAACAACCUGGUCAGAAACCUGGACAAUAUCCUGGACAGCAACCAGGCCAACAACCCGGUCAGCAACCUGGACAAUACCCUGGACAACAACCUGGUCAGAAACCUGGACAAUAUCCUGGACAACAACCAGGCCAGCAGCCUGGUCAGCACCCUGGACAAUACCCUGGACAACAACCUGGUCAGAAACCUGGACAAUAUCCUGGCCAGCAACCUGGACAAUAUCCUGGACAGCAACCAGGUCAGCAACCUGGCCAGCACCCUGGACAAUACCCUGGACAACAACCUGGUCAGAAACCUGGACAAUAUCCUGGACAGCAACCAGGCCAACAACCCGGUCAGCAACCUGGACAAUACCCUGGACAACAACCUGGUCAGAAACCUGGACAAUAUCCUGGACAACAACCAGGCCAGCAGCCUGGUCAGCACCCUGGACAAUACCCUGGACAACAACCUGGUCAGAAACCUGGACAAUAUCCUGGCCAGCAACCUGGACAAUAUCCUGGACAGCAACCAGGUCAGCAACCUGGCCAGCACCCUGGACAAUACCCUGGACAACAACCUGGUCAGAAACCUGGACAAUAUCCUGGCCAGCAACCAGGCCAGCAACCUGGACAAUAUCCUGGACAGCAGCCAGGUCAGCAGCCUGGCCAGCACCCUGGACAAUACCCUGGACAGCAACCUGGUCAGAAACCUGGACAAUAUCCUGGCCAGCAACCAGGCCAGCAACCUGGCCAGCAACCUGGUCAUUACCCUGGGCAACAACCUGGGCAACAACCUGGACAAUACCCUGGACAACAACCUGGACAGCAACCCGGACAAUAUCCUAGUCAUCAACCUGGGCAGCAACCUGGCCAAAAACCUGGACAAUAUCCUGGACAACAACCUGGACAGCAACCUGGACAGCAACCUGGGCAAUAUCCUGGACAGCAACCUGGGCCAUUCCCUGGGCAAAAACCUGGACAACAACCUGGUCAACACCCUGGACAACAACCUGGUCAAAAACCUGGGCAAUAUCCUGGACAACAACCUGGACAAAAACCUGGGCAAUACCCUGGACAGCAACCUGGACAACAGCCUGGAAGCGGCCCUCACCCGAACCAACCCGCCGGAGGCUGGAACGAUGAACCCCAAACAGGUUCCCCGUGUUCCAGUACUCCUCCACCUGGGUCGAGUUGCAGUCAAGGCUCCAGCGGCGUUGGACCCGUGAAAAACGUUCCCGUGCCAGGAAUCCCUGCUUAUCAGAACCCCGCGCAGGGGUCGCCAAAUGGAUGCACUUCCGGUACUUACGGCAAUUGUGGAAACACGCCCGGUGGCCAAUCCGGUUCCCCAUACGGCGGACCUUCUUCUGGACAACCAGGCGGCCCAGGGGGUCCCGGCGGUCCAGGAAAUUCGGGUAAUCCGUGGAAUCCAUCCGGCGCGAAGAAUCCAGGGGCUCCGGGCAGUCCAGGAGGAUGGGGCGCUCCUGGUACUUCCGGAAGUCCGUGGACUCCGGGAGGUGCAAAGUCUCCGAGCGGUUCGGGCAGCCCAGGAAGUUCGGGUAGUCCCUGGGACUCGGGAAAUCCAAAGAAUCCAAGCGGCCCUGGGGGCUCGGAGAGUUCAGGAAGCUCGAGCAGUACCUGGGAUUCCGGGAAUCCAAAGACUCCAGGAAACGCGGGCAGUCCUUGGAAUCCCCAAGGUUCUGGCAGUCCAGGAAGCCCGAGUAGUCCUUGGAAUUCCGGAGGUCCGAAGAAUCCAGGAAGCCCGAGCACUCCUUGGAAUGCAGGAAGUACGAAGAAUCCAAGCGGACCUGGAAGCUGGAACAAGCCGCAGAAUGUCGCAACCGCGUUCGCUGGUGCUGGCGCCUAUGCCGGAGCUUUCCCCGGCGCGCCACUUCCUGGACACGGGCCUAACGUAGGUGCUCCGGGCCCUAGCGGAGGACAGAAGCCACCUAUCAGUCCUGCAGGUUGGAAUCCGAACGAAUACGACAACGCGAACGGCAGCCCUUCGGGGUCUGAUGCCACGCCGCACGCUCCACAGUUUGGAGACAAGAAACCAGAUACUGGUAACGCUCCACAAUGGCCAGGUUCGCCAUCUUCCAAGCCGAGCCCUGACCAAGACGGUUACAAUCCGGAGAAUGUAAAAGGACAAGGCAAGCCGAACCGUGGCAAGCCGAACAGGCGGAAGCCUACCAGCGACGAAGACAGCAAGAUCUUCCACAUAAACGUGAUCCCUGCUCCGGGUACUCCGGUCGGCAUGAAACCCCACGACACCACCAAGACACCUUAUAAUCCGUCGAAGCCGGGCUCCGAUAAUGGACCUUCUGACACCACGGAGAAACCUGGGUAUCAACCGGGUCCUCACGACGGACCUGGAACAACGAAGCCUGCCUAUAAACCUGGUACUGGAGUCCCGAAGCAGCCUUAUCAGCCCGGUCCCUACGGUGGCCCUGAAACAAAGCCUGGUCAAAGUCCCUAUCAACCUGGGCCACAUGGAGAUACUUCAAAGCCUUCCCCUCAAUCAGGACCAGGAAGUACACCCUAUCAGCCUGGUCCUUUCGGCGGCCCUGAACCAAAGCCUGGUCAGAGUCCCUAUCAACCAGGACCUUACGGAGGUGCGGGACCUACUAAGCAACCUUACCAACCUGGUUCGCCUGGUGGCCCUGAAGCAAAACCUGGCCAGAGUACCUAUCAGCCUGGUCCUUCCGGCGGCCCUGAACCAAAGCCUGGCCAGAGUCCCUAUCAACCAGGACCUUACGGAGGUGCGGGACCGACUAAGCAACCUUACCAACCUGGUUCGCCUGGUGGCCCUGAAACAAAGCCUGGCCAGAGUCCCUAUCAACCAGGACCUUACGGAGGUGCGGGACCGACUAAGCAACCUUACCAACCUGGUUCGCCUGGUGGCCCUGAAACAAAGCCUGGCCAGAGUCCCUAUCAACCAGGACCUUACGGAGGUGCGGGACCGACUAAGCAACCUUACCAACCUGGUUCGCCUGGUGGCCCUGAAACAAAGCCUGGCCAGAGUCCCUAUCAACCAGGACCUUACGGAGGUGCGGGACCGACUAAGCAACCUUACCAACCUGGUUCGCCUGGUGGCCCUGAAACAAAGCCUGGCCAGAGUCCCUAUCAACCAGGACCUUACGGAGGUGCGGGACCGACUAAGCAACCUUACCAACCUGGUUCGCCUGGUGGCCCUGAAACAAAGCCUGGCCAGAGUCCCUAUCAACCAGGACCUUACGGAGGUGCGGGACCGACUAAGCAACCUUACCAACCUGGUUCGCCUGGUGGCCCUGAAACAAAGCCUGGCCAGAGUCCCUAUCAACCAGGACCUUACGGAGGUGCCGGACCCACUAAACAACCUUAUCAACCUGGUUCGCCCGGUGGCCCUGAAACAAAGCCUGGCCAGAGUCCCUAUCAGCCUGGUCCCUCUGGCGGCCCUGAAACAAAGCCUGGCCAGAGUCCCUAUCAACCAGGACCUUACGGAGGUGCCGGACCCACUAAACAACCUUAUCAACCUGGUUCGCCCGGUGGCCCUGAAACAAAGCCUGGCCAGAGUCCCUAUCAGCCUGGUCCCUCUGGCGGCCCUGAAACAAAGCCUGGCCAGAGUCCCUAUCAACCAGGACCUUACGGAGGUGCUGGACCUACUAAGCAACCUUACCAACCUGGUUCGCCCGGAGGCCCUGAAACGAAACCAGGCCAGAGUCCCUAUCAGCCUGGACCAUACGGCGGAACUAUAAAACCUUAUCAACCUGGAUCUUACGGAGGUCCAGUCACCCCUAAACCGUUCCAUCCCAGUGGCUCACAGGUCCCGAACAUUGGAAGCAACGUACCUGUUCCAGAAAGGAACUAUCCCGACACUCAGAAACCCCUCGGCGAGCAUCCUUCAGGCGGCGCUGGUUGCUCCGGUCAGUCUUGCGGAGGCGGAAGCGGAUGCGGCGGCUCUUCGGGUCAGCCUUGCGGAAGCGGAAGCGGAUGCGGCGGGUCUUCGGAUCAGCCUUGCGGAAGCGGAUGCAGCGGGUCUCCGGAUAAGAAACCAUGCAGCCAAGGAGGCGCGACCGGCGUGGACAAAGUUAUCGGUCCGAUCGGCUCUGACGGCCUCUCCCAGAGUCCACAGAGUCCAUUCCCUGGAGCAGGCGGCGGUGCUCCCGCAGGAGCCGGCGGUCAAGGAUGCGCUUACGGUAGUUGUCCACCCGGUUCUCCAAAUACUGGAGCAGGUGCUGCACCCGUAUCUUACGACGGUAACCCGUUCCUGACUGGAAAAGUGUCCAUCCCUGUUGGAGGACCUUCGGGUGGCUCGCAACCGGGAACCGCCGACAAGCCGCUCGGCCUUGGGAACCCGUUCUUCGGAGGUUCACCGGCACCUGUAGGAGGCUCUGGCGGACCCGGAGGAUCAGGAUCGGGACCUGGACCGGCUGGAAAGCACGAGUUUCCGCCUAGCGGAGACGCCCAGAAGCCCAUCGGCAACGAUAAUCCCUUCUUGGGUGGUCCUGCGGGCUCGCCUGGCUCCCCUGGAUCCCCGACCUUCGUCGACAAAGUACACCCGGAUGCCUCAGGGUUCUUCCAUCCACGGCCUGGCUCGACUUUCGACCACGACGGCCCGCAGCAGAAUCCUCUGGCGACGAAUCGCGGCUCCGGAAGCGGCGGUGGCGUCGGAGUCGGCUCCGACGGCUUUGGAACCGGUCCUGGAGCCGGCUUCGGAGCCGCCACAGCCGGAAGUGUCGGCUUUGGAGCUGCUCCGGGACACGGCGCCGACUUCGGCGCUGCUCCGGGACACGGCGCCGGCUUCGGAGGAGCAUUCGCCGGCGCCUUCAGCAGCGCCCAGGCCUCCGCAGGUGCGCAAGCUGGUUUAGGCCACCCGAACGGAGGAAGCUGGACUGGAAGCAACGCCGGCAGCUUGGCCGGCAGCCAUGCCGGAAGCGGAUCGUGGGCCUCGAGCGGAGCUUCCGCUUUCGCGGGUAGCAGCGCCGGCGGCUGGUCCGGUUCCGUCAAAGGUUAACGGCGGAGGUGCUGACACGCGAGAGCAAAAGGACGGACGACACGGAAAGGGGCACGAUGUCGUUGACGCCAGGAGAUCUUCGCAUUAACACGCCUAUCGGUCGUUAAUGCUCGCUUUUGCACGCUAAUUUCGCUUGUAAUUUAUUGGAAUCCGCUGGCCGUCCCGCGAGAUACAAUCACGAGAUACAAUCUUGCACGAAGAAUAAAAAGAAUGUAUUAUUUCUAUCCAGCGGCGCGGCUGUGUUGCGGUAAUUGCCGGUGAACUAAUCGCCGAUUCGUCGAACAGAUUGCGCCGCUAUUACACGCCGAGAUUACGAUCGACGGCCGAUGCCGCGGCGGAUAAUAAUUGCUAAUGACAUAAGCGAUGAUCCGGUCGCUUGCCCAAACGGAUCCGUAGUAUAUCCAUUAAAACAAUAAAACACGUUACGCGAGUUGUUUCA